GCCAUCUCUUGGCUCGAGUCUGCUUGUAUAUACGCUUUUUAUGUGCCUUGCUGUCAGACUCACACCCAGAUAGGGUGUCAUCCUGAUGGGCAAUUCUCAGUGUUGCAAGUCAGUAGACACAAGUCCAGAUGAGGCUGAAGCAAUGCCGACCUUGGAAACGUGGCCUGCUGCAGGCACCCUCAAGACGUUAAUUGAAGUGCCAGCAGUGUCAGGUGGCAACACCGUUGAGGAACGCAUGUACAAGGUGAACUUGGUAAAAUCAGGGGGACAGAAGUUGGGACUGGAUGUCGACUAUAUGGCUGAGCGUGGUGUUUUACCAAUUCUUGAGAUCAAGGGAGGACUUGCAGAGCAAUGGAACAAGGACAACCCGUCCAGGAAGAUGAACCGAGGUGACUCGGUUGUUGAGGUGAAUGGGGUCCGAGGCAACGUGGCUCUGAUGUUAGAGAGGUGCAAGGCGGACGCCAUUCUUGAGCUUACCGUGUGCAAAUGUUUGACCUAUGGACAUUUGGUGGCUGAUCUUGCGAAGUUGAUUCUUGCCAAAGGUUGUGGUCCCAUCAUGAUCCGUUUGUCCUUUUCUGAUGCUGGCGUCUUCAAUGGCAAAGACGGCUGCCCCAACGCUGCCCUGCGAUUGCAGGGUGGAGGUGAACAUAGUCUUGGGGCCAACAGUGGGUUGCCCCAAGUGGCCAUCCCGUUGCUUCAACAAAUUGCAGAGAAGUAUGUGCCCAGCCUCAUAUCUCAUGCUGACCUAUGGGCCUUGGCUGCCAAUGUAGCCAUCCAGGCCAUGGGAGGCCCGGAGAUUCCAACCCACUUCGGCCGCUUUGAUGUGAAGACACAUGACCAGGGGGUUCAAUCUGCAGAAGGCAGACUUCCUGAUGGUGACAAAGAUGCACAACAUCUUCGUGACAUUUUCCAUCUCAAGGGCUUCACAGACAAAGACAUUGUGGCUUUGUCCGGUGCGCAUACUGUGGGAGCAUGCCAUUCAGAGCGAUCUGGCUUUGAAGGCCCAUGGACUGAGGACAAAUUGAAAUUUGACAACUCCUACUUCAAGGACCUGCUGAACAAGACAUGGACCCUUGAGACAACUAAGUCCGGCAAGAAGCAGUACAAGAAUGGCAAGACCACAAUGCUCCCCACCGACAUGGCCUUGGUUGACGAUCCCAAAUUCAAGGAGCAUGUGACACGCUAUGCCAACGAUCAGCAGGCCUUCUUUGAGGACUACACUGAAGCAUGGACGAGGCUGCAGGAACUGGGCUGUGGUCAGCUUCGAGAUACUUUGUGAAUCUUUGUGAUAUGUUCUUAUACUUCUUAAUCUCAUGCAGCCACUUCUCAGCCAGAUGAACCUGCAGCAUCGACUAAGUCGAUCCUGGCGGCUUCAGUUGCGCAUGUUGCGCCUGUGCUGGACAGGCACAAGACCGUGUGAAGCGGUUGCAUUCUUAAUUGGCCCAAAAAGGCGGCUCAGCAAACAACAUGCCCGAGAUCGGAUAUCACAG